GUCAAACCACAGCUGCAGCUCUGCUCAACAAGUUCUUCGCCGUUCUUCCUUCUGUUAUUAUUUCCUAACUAUGAUGCUCAAAAGUCACACAGGUGGAUGGUUUCUUUUCUUCCUCGCUGCCAUUUUUCCAGGUGCCCACCUCCAGAGAAAUGACAACUCUAUCACACCAGCUUCAGACUCCGAGCCGCCCACUGCUGCAUCUAUGACUUACCAACCAGUUCUGCAGCCGUCAGAGGCCGUACCCCCCACAGGAACCUACACACUGAAUGACCCCUCUGGGAGACCCUGCAUCAAAGCCACCAUGGGAGUGGAGUACGUAGUCUUCGAGAAGAAGACCUGGUAUUUCAACUUGGACCCAUCCAGAGUCAAAGCCACCGGUUACUGUACGAAUGGAGACGCUGUUCUCUCUCUCACUCUGCCAGACAAUGGAGCCAGUCUACAGCUCACCUUCAAAAAGGACAAGAAAUCUUUCUACAUCACCAAGAUGAGUGCUCAUUUGCUUCCUCACCCCGUCUGCAAAAGCUGUACCAAUAAGACUUACAGUGGUGUGAUGGACCACGAGAAGCUGUUCAAAACAGCCAACGGUCGGAGCUUCAACUGCAAAUCCGAGAGUCUGUUAUUGAUGUCGUCUCAGCUGAAGAUCAAGCUGGUUCCCCUCCAGAUGCAGGCCUUCGAAGUGCCCAAGGGACAGUAUGGAAAAGAGAUGGAGUGCUGGGCCGACUUUAACAAGAGAGUCAUUCCCAUCAUCAUCGGAGCCAUGGUGGUGGGUCUCAUCCUGAUCGCUCUGAUGACCUUCCUGAUCAUCAGAGAUCGCCGCAGACAAGGAUAUGACCGACUCUGAGCUUGCUGUGAAACUGGACGGACAUAUUUCAUAUUUGAUGCUACAAAAAUACCCCCUACUCCUCCAUCUCGGAUUCAGACUUUUAAUUCAGAAAGUAUUGCAUAGUUGGCUUCUUUAAACAACCUCACAGAUAAAAAAAAAAUGAUUGGGUAACGAUGUUGUAGCUGCAGUAGCUCUAGCAUUUGGAUAGAUUCAGUAGCUGACUUGAAUCAUGAACAGAGCAAAAAACUUAACCCUUUUGUUGUGUUAGGGUCAAUUUUGAGCAGUUUGCAAGUUAAAAUGUGUAAAAAGUACAUUUCCUUGUUUUUAUGGGGACGGCACUUCACAUUAUCAUGAACGACAGCUCUUUUGACACAACGAAAGAAUUUUUCAACGUUUUAUUAAAUUCAGAACCUGGAUGGAUAUGAAUGAGGUGAAAAGCGAUACUGGAUGAUAAACUUUGUAUUUUGACAAUUUUGGGCUGGAUGUCAUGGGUCUUGGGUCAGUUUUGACACGCUAACACAGAACAUGCAGGCAGUUUUCUAAUACAUACAAGAAUUGAUAAUAUGAAUAAUGUUGUUGUUUACAUUACUUAAAUUGUAUAAUACUAAUGAUGAGUUGGUCCUAUCAAAUAUACUACUGUUGUUAAAUAUGUGUGUGUAAUUUCAAAAUUAAAAAACUGUUCCUUUGUUUUUUUACAAUCCUCUGUUGUUACUGGAUAAAUAAAAUGAGUGCCUUUA